GCCGCAUCCACUUGUUCACAACAACUACAACCACAGGCAAACUCACACACACACACACACACACAUCAAGCAUCAAGCAUCAACCACCUCAACUAUUACGCUAUUCUUGUGGGAGGAUGCCAGGUAUUGACAAUGCACCUUUGCCAGCUAUCAAAACCUUGCUAUCAGACCUUCCAGAAUUCUCUGCUGGAACAAAGGUACGGUUUCUCGGAUGGUGAGUGAAUUACACUUUGUUUUUCCGCCAGUGAUCUCAUUGGAUAAUAUUCCAACUAUGAUUUCGUGAAAGUAAGACUGUCUUUUCACAAGUGUGUCUAGUGCUGGCCAUCAAGUGUCCGGUUCAUUAUAGUUAGAAACUAGUAGGGAAAGCAGUUGGUAUUAUUCUCUAUCCCCAUCAUUCUCUUCAAAUUUUAGACGGAGCUUAUUUUCCUAGUGUUAAAGCCUACACCACAAAUUCUGCAACUUUAACACUUGAACAUAAUUGUCCACCAAGGAAACCUGGACAACUUCAGAAGCCACUUAAAGUUCAAGUGGAUGUUGAACUUCUACUCACUACGAUGAAGGCGCAUGAAACUCAGGUUGGAGAAUGGGUAAAUGUAAUUGGCUACAUAACUGCAAACCCAAGAAAAGGUCCAGAGCUAGAUAGGAUCGCCAGAGAUAAUUCUGAGAUACGAGUCCAAGCGUUAGUCUUGUGGUCUGCAGGCACCUUUGACCUCCAUGGCUAUGAAAAGAUUCUCGACCUGGAAAAGAAGGACAGAAAUGCUUCAGACAAGAACAGACCUACGAAGGAGUCUACCAACGGCCAUCAGAUGAACCAAACUUGAGACCGCUGAAUAUUCCCAUGAGGAUGCAGGUCGGCCAGAACCAUUCAGACUGCAACGGUGGUUCUGUUUCACUUCAAGGUGGGAUUACGAAUUUGAAUGUCAGGAAUGAAAGCAUACAAUAUGCUGAGAUUACCUUGGUGAAGCAAGUAGAUUCUGUGAGAGGUCGCAGGUAAGAUAAUCGUUGAUUGCUCUGCAAGCACAUUGUGUAUUGACUAUAUAAAGCAGUCAAAGGCGGUCAAAAACUAUUAGUCCAAAAAGCCUAGGAGAGCCCGGUAUUUAGCCUCUUCAUUAUUCCAAAUAUUCUCGAUUGCUGGCUACGAUUGACUGAUGUUAUCUGGGAUAUUAAUGUUAGGAGACGGAACACAUAUCUGGAGAGCAGACUGAGCAGUGAUCAGAUCUCUCCUCCAGCUUGUGCCUCCAAUUGCCCGUCGUACAUGCCUGAAUCUCCUCUAUUGGUGUUUAAACUCCAAUGAGUAUUAGAGAGUCUUAGUUUGGAAGCACAGACUUGCCACUUGAUGUAUCAUGAAGAUAGUC